AUGGAGUUGACCAACAAGACUGUAGUCCAGGAAUUCAUUUUGCUGGGAUUUGGAAUUGAUCAGCAGAAGCAAUUCCUUCUGCUUCCUUUCUUGAUAAUGCUUUAUGUGCUCACUUUGGUUGAAAACAGCACCAUCAUCACAGUGGUCCUUAUAGAUGGUCAAUUGAGCCAACUCCCCAUGUACAUUCUUCUGAGCAGCUUUUCCUGGCUGGAGAUGUGCUAUGUAACCACCAGUGUUCCUCGCUUGCUUUCUGGUCUUGCAACCCAAGAUCAGGUCAUUUCUUUCCAUGCCUGCUUUCUCCAAUUUUACAUCUUCUUUUCACUUGGCAACACUGAAUUUUUCUUCCUCUCAGCCAUGGCCUUGGAUCGCUAUGUAGCCAUCUGCAAUCCCUUGCAUUAUCCCAGAAUUAUGUCCCCAAAGUUCUGCUAUAGACUGAUAGCUGGAUGUUGGGUGGUUGGUUUUCUGGGGUACCUUCUCCCAGUUGUUUUGAUCUCCAAAUUGUCCUUUUGUGGAAACAACAUCAUUGACCACUUUGUGUGUGAUCCUAUGCCAAUUCUUUCCUUAGCUUGUCCUCCCCUCGGAAAGGCUCCCCUUAUCAUGCAAAUUAGCAUGCAAACUCUGUUUUUAGUCAAUGUUUUCUUUGUAAUGUUCUCCUAUGGUAAUGUGAUCUACACUUUGAUGAAAUCCUCUAGUAAAGGUCAUCGCAGGAAGGGCUUCUCUACCAUCUCUAUGCAUCUCUUGGUGGUGACACUUUUCUAUGGCACUGUAGGAGCAAUGUAUGUAAUUCCAAGUGGUGAAAGCCACUCAAAUAUUAGUAAAGCCAUUACAGUCUUCUACGCUGCUGUCACACCAUUUCUCAACCCAUUGAUCUACUGUCUGAGGAAUAACAAGGUGAAAGAGGCACUGGGCAAGUUGCUCAGAAGAAUGAUGAGAUUGUUGCUGAAAAAAAUCACAGUGUAA